AUGGGCUCGGGGGGCACUCAAACCAGCGCAGACUCAGCACUGGAGGCACCAGGAGCGCAGCGGAACAGCAAGGGCCCCAGCAGCAGCAACAAGCCCCCCUCGCGGCCCCAGAGCCCAGAAGGAUCGGCGGCGGCGAGGCCCCAGGGAGAGACGGAGGAUUCCGGGACAGAUCCAGACUCGAGUCAGGAGGGGGCCGGGUCUGGACGGAGCCCGGGGGCAGCCCCAGAAACGACCCGCGGGGCCCCUGAGGCCGGCGAGGCUGACCCAGGGAGAAAAGCCGCAGCUUCCAGCCCCGUGGAGGGCAGCCCCGCCUGCAGCCCUCGGAGCUCGUGGGGUUCUCAGGACCCCAGGCAGGGCGGAGAUACAAGAGAGGAUGGGGUGCAGCUCGAAGCUGAGCCGAGGGGCGCCCCGCCCGAAAAAGCCGAGGCCUUGACUGCCCGAGGUCAGCGCCGCCAGGUUGGAAAGGUCGUGGGGAAGGCGCAGGAGGCGGUGGGCGUGAGCGACGCGGGGUCUGGGGGUGACGGGCCCCGGGCCCCAGCGCUGCUGGCCGCCUUAGUGGCGCUCCGCAGGCUCCGCGCCAGGCCCCCGCCGGGCCCAGCUCCCCAGGCCGCCGGUCCCCGCCGCUGCAGCCUCAAGGACCGGCUCGUGCGCGUGGCGCGGGCCCUGGGGUUCCUGCGGUGGCUGCGGCUGCAGCUCCAGCGGCGCGCGGGCGGCGCGCGGGGUCCCGGGACCAGCGAGGGGACGAGCCGCGGGCCGGGGCCGCGCCGCCGCCGUCUAGCGCUGAGCCUGGCGGGCGUCGCGGGGCUGUGGGGGCGACCGAGGCCUCCCCCUGGCGGCGGCCCGAGUUCCCCGCAGGUUGCGAGAAGCCCAGCCCACGACCCUUCGGGGGAUGAGGACCCGACUCCAGAUGCCAAGUUCGCCGUGGUGUUCCCCAGGGUCCACGGGGCAGGGAGUACUUCGAGCCGCGGGAGCUCAGAGGAAGGGUCCGCGGACGCCCCCGCCGGGGAGGGGCGCGAUUGGUCCUGUGGGGGGGCGUCUGCGGACAGCGCAGGGCGCAGGGCGAGUGUAGAAGGGAUGGCCGGGUCCCCCCGCGGCUCUCUCAGCCCGAAUCCCCACGAGGAGUCCCCCCUGGACGAGAGCGGCUCCAGCAGCGAAGCGGAGCCCGAGACCUUGGGAGCCGCGGCUCCCGUGCAUUGGGCGCAGUGCUCAGACCCCUACGAGGACCCCGGGCUUGACACCGAAGCACUGCUGCCCCGACUCACCUUGGAGACCCGCCGGCGGCCGGAGGGGAGCCCUGGCCCCCGCGGGUCCCUGAGGGAUCGAUGGGAGCCAGAGGACGAGGUGGAGGAGGCGCUGGAGAGGGACCUGGAGCCUCGCCUCGCACGGGGCCCUGGGGCGCCUCCCUUUCCUGGCGGCGCAGAGGGCAGGAGCGUCGGGGAAGGCCUGGAAGACACCGAGGACCUGGCCCGGCUGUGGCCAGUGUGCGACAGCUCCAUGCUGCUGUGUCUCAAGAAGAGGUUUCACCUGGGCCGAAUCUAUACCUUCGGGGGGCCCCUCCUGCUCGCUCUGAACCCCCGCCGGACCCUGCCUCUCUUUUCACCUGAGGUCCUGGCCAGCUACCGCCCUGGGAAGACCCCCAACACCACCCCACACAUCUUUGCCGUCGUGGCAUCGGCCUAUAGCCUGUCUGAGAGCACUGGGCAGGCCACCUGCAUCCUUCUGGGUGGGCAUAGCGGCUCUGGGAAGACAGAGGCGGCCAAAAAGAUGGUGCAGUUCCUACACAGCCUGGAGCGGGAGCAGACGAGGCAGAGAGGGUGUCGGCUGGACACUGUGCUGCCCCUGCUCGGCAGCUUUGGCCACGCCAAGACAGUCCUCAACACCAACGCCAGCCGCUUCGGCCAGGUCCUGGGCCUCUGCCUGCAGCAGGGGAUCAUCGUAGGUGCCUCUGUGUCACAUCACCUGCUCGAGACCUCAAGGGUGGUGUUUCAGGCCCAGGCUGAGCGGAGCUUCCAUGUUUUUUAUGAGCUGCUGGCGGGGCUGGACCCCAUGGAACGGGAACAGCUCUCCCUGCAGGGGCCGGAGACCUACUACUACCUCAACCAGGGCCGCACCUGCAGGCUCCAGGACAAGGACGAUGCCCAGGACUUCACAGGACUGGUGAAGGCCCUGCAAGCUCUGGGCUUGUGCGCCGAGGAGCUGACCGCUGUCUGGGCUGUGCUGGCCUCUGUCCUGCAGCUGGGCAACAUCUGCUUUUCCUCGUCAGAGAGGGAGUCCCAGGAGGUGGCUGCCGUGUCCAGCUGGGCCGAGAUCCAUGCCGCAGCCCGGCUGCUGCGGGUGCCACCCGAGCGCCUGGAGGGGGCGGUCACCCGGAGGGUCACGGAGACGCCCUGUGGCCAGGUCUCAAGAUCCCUGCCCGUGGAAAGCGCCGUCGAUGCCAGGGACACCCUGGCCAAGGCCCUAUACGCACGGCUCUUCGCCUGGCUUCUGAGGAGGGCCAACGCGCGGCUGGCGUCCCCCGCGGAGGCAGGCAGCACGGCUACCGUCACUGUCGUGGAUGUCUACGGCUUUGAGGCCCUGCGGGUCAAUGGUCUGGAGCAGCUGUGCAACAACCUGGGCAGCGAGCGCCUGCAGCUAUGGCACCGCCGGCUGCUGCUGGCCCAGGAGGAGGAGGAGUGUCGGAGGGAGUCGCUGCCCUGGGUGCCCAUCCCCCAGGCCCCGCAGGAGUCCUGCCUGGACCUCCUGGUAGACCAGCCGCACAGCCUCCUGAGUAUCCUGGAUGCCCAGACAUGGCUGUCCCAGGCCACGGACCACACCUUCCUGCAGAAGUGCCACUAUCACCAUGGCGACCACCCGUGCUACACCAAGCCCCAGCUGCCCCUUCCCAUCUUCACCGUGCGACAUUAUGCCGGGACCGUCACCUACCAGGUUCACAAGUUUCUAAACAGAAACCGGGAUCAUCUUGACCCUGCCGUGGUGGAAAUGCUUGCCCAGAGCCAACUCCAGCUGGUGAGCCGCCUGUUCCGGGAAGCAGAGCCUGAUGAGUUCAGAGGAGGGCCAGGCAAACCCACGCUGGCCACUCGCUUCCAGAAGUCCCUGGGGGACCUCCUAGCCCAGCUGGGCAGGAGCCAUGUCUCCUUCAUCCAGUGCCUCAACCCCAAUCCAGGAAAGCUUCCAGGCCUCUUUGACGUGGAUCACGUGGCAGAACAGCUGCGCCAGGCGGGCAUCCUGGAGGCGGUGUGUACCCGCGGCGCCAACUUCCCCAUUCGCAUGCCCUUCCAGGCCUUCCUGGACAGGUUCCGGGCCCUGGGGGCCGAGGAGCAGGGCGAGCUCUCUGACCGGGAAAGGUGUGGCAUCAUCCUGAGCCAGGUGCUGGCGGCUGAGUCACCCCUCUGUCACCUGGGAGCCACCCAGGUACUGCUGCGGGAGCCGGGCUGGCAGCAGCUGGAGCAGCGCCGGGCCCAGCAGCGCACCCAGGCCCUGCAGACCCUGCACCGAGGCCUCCGCGUCUGCAUCUCCCACCAGCGCCUCCGCCUCCUGCCAUGGAUGCAGGCUCAUGUGCACGGGCUCCAGGCCAGGAAGCGGUACCUCCGGCGGCGGGCAGCUCUGGGGCAGCUGAACACCAUUGUGCUGGCGGCCCGGCCCCUGCUCUGGAGACGGCGGAGACCACAGCUUGGGCAUCGGCACAGCUGGCACAGCGGCGGGGCCUUCGAGACGGUGCCAAGAAUGGAGCUGGGGCGCUUGGAGAUCCCGGCUGAGCUCGCUGUCAUGCUGAAGACAGCGGAAGGCCGUCAGCACGCCCGGGUCCAGAGCAUCACCGAGGCCAUGCCCCCGGAAGUUCCCGCCCGGCCCAGCCUGACCCUCCCGCCUGACAUCAACCAGUUCCCCUUCUCCAGCUUCAUCUCCAUCGGCUUUCAGGAGCCCUCCUUGCCCCACCCUGGGCAGCUGCUGACCAAGCCCCUGACCCGGCUGGACGGUGAGAACCCUCAGCAUGCCCUGGAUAUCAACAAGGUGAUGCUGCGGCUGCUGGCGGACGGCUCGCUGGCGCCCUGGCAGGAGCAGACCAUGGGCCAGUACCUGGUGCGGCAGGGGCAGCGCCGGCCGGGGCUGCGUGACGAGCUCUUCAGCCAGCUGGUGGCCCAGCUCUGGCGCAACCCCGACGAGCAGCAGAGCCAGCGCGGCUGGGCCCUCAUGGCCGUCCUGCUCAGCGCCUUCCCGCCGAUGCACACCCUGCAGAAGCCACUGCUCAAGUUUGUGUCCGACCAGGCCCCCAGGGGCAUGGCAGCGCUGUGCCAACACAAGCUGCUGGGGGCCCUGGAGCAGACGCAGCUGGCCCCUGGGUCCGCACGGGCCCACCCUCCCACCCAGCUCGAGUGGACGGCCGGAUGGAGGCGGGGCCGCAUGGCGCUGGACGUGUCCACCUUCAGUGAGGAGUGCUACUCGGCCGAGGUGGAGUCCUGGACCACAGGGGAGCAGUUCGCCGGGUGGAUUCUACAGAGCAGAGGCCUGGACGCGCCCCCGCGCGGCUGGUCUGUGUCACUGCACUGCGGGGACUCCUGGAGGGACUUGGCCGGCUGCGACUUCGUGCUGGACCUGAUCGGCCAGACCGAGGACCCGGGGGACCCGGCCUGGCCCCACGGCUACCCCAUCGCCCCCCGUGGCCGAGCUGAGAACAUCCCCCUGGCCCCCAGCGUCCAGGCCCCCUCACUGCCCCCAGGCCCCCCUCCGGGUCCAGCCCCAGCACUGCCCAGCAGGGGGCGUACAGGUGAGUCCCGGACCUCAGGGGGUCUGGACGGCUUCCUGGACCACCUCUUCGAGCCAGUCCUCUACCCCAGCCUCAGCGAUCUGGAGCAAGGCAGGGCUCUGAGUGGCCGCAUGAAGGGAGGGGGUGCCAUGGGGCCCAUGCAGCAAGGCGGCUACCCCAUGAUGUACCCAGGGAUGGUGCAGAUGCCCAGCUACCAGCCAGCCAUGAUGCCGGCACCCAUGCCCAUGAUGCCAGCCAUGGGGCCAGUCCCAGCCAUGGUGGUACCACCACAGCCACAGCCCAUGCUUCCCAGCGUGGACGCGAGGCAGCUGGCGGCCCAGCAGCAGGACUUCAUCAACCAGCAGGCGCGGAUCCUGGCCCAGCAGAUGACCACCCAGGCCAUGACCCUGUCCCUGGAGCAGCAGGCAAAGCAACUCCAGAAGCAGAGUCAGGCCCUGGCCCUGGCCCCAGCCUCAACCCCAACCUCAGCCCCGGCCCCAGCCCAGGCCCCAGCCCCAGCCCCUGCCCCUAGAGCAGUCUCCCCGACUUCACCUCCUCCGGCCAUCACCCACAAGCCCAAGAAGACACCUGCCCCCCGGAAGGAGCCAGAAAGUGGCCUGGAGUUGCAGGAGACCCCGCAGGAGGCUGAAGACAGGUGCCCACAGCCCAGGAGCUUCCAGCAGAAACGAGACUAUUUCCAGAAGUUGGGGCAGCAGCCGAGCUCGGUGAAGACCAUGAAGCCUCCAGCCAAGGUGAAGCUCCCCCAGGUGGAGGUGCAGGACGAGGAGCCGGAAGAGGAGGAGCAGAGAGCAGGUGGUGAGGAGGCGGGGGGCACGCUGGGCCUUUGCGGUUCUGCACAGGGUCUCACGUCUUUCCUCUCGUCCUGGGCAGGGCCCUCACCUCCGCCUCCCCCGGUGGUGAAGAAGCCGCCACCACCGACGCAAGAUGCAGCCAAAGCUGAACAGGAGGCUGAGGCUGAGCCAGCCAUGGAGGCGGGGCCUGGCAGGGGACACAGGCCAGCCGAGGGCAGAGCCGUGGUGCAUAGCUCGGACCCUGAGCCCUGGCGGGCAGAGCCCAGCAGGGAGAUCCGCAACAUCAUCCGCAUGUACCAGAGCCGCCCCGGCCCCGUGCCUGUGCCGGUGCAGCCAGCGAGGAAGCCCUCCCAGAGUUUCCUGAAGAAAAACAACCCUAAGGAUGAGGCUCUGGCUAAGCUGGGGAUCAGUGGUGCCUCUUCGCCCCCACAGACGCUGUCCCCCAGCCCAGGGAAGGCCCCCCCACCGGCCGUGGCCCCUCGACCCAGGACCCGACCACGGCUGAUGCCAUCCAGCUCCAUCAAGGAGAAGCAGGGGCCCCUUCAAGAGCUGUUUGGCCAGAACCCACCCACUGCCCAGAAACCCCCGCCUCCGCCUGCACCCCCACUGCCCCCGCCCUGGGAGCCAGCGAGCCCUCCAGCUGAGCCCCGCAGCUUGGUGGAGCCCAUGGGGGACCAGGGGGUCUCCACCCAGCUGCUCGUGCCCUCGGGCAGCGUGUGCUUCUCCUACGCCAGCACCCCCUGGAGGCUGUUCCUGCGCAAGGAGGUGUUCUACCCCCGGGAGAACUUCGGCCACCCCUACUGCCUCAGCCUCCUCUGUGAGCAGAUCCUGAGGGACACCUUUGCUGAGUCCUGCAUCCGCAUCUCCCAGGACGAGAGGCGCAAGAUGAAAGACCUGCUGGGAGACCUGGAGGUGGGCCUGGACUCCCUGGACAUGGCUGAGGAUGGCGUCAAGAAGCGCAUCGUGUUGGCCGCCAGGGACAACUGGGCCAAUUACUUCUCCCGCCUCUUCCCUGUCUCGGGCGAGAGCGGCAGCGAUGUGCAGCUGCUGGCUGUGUCCCACCGCGGGCUGAGACUGCUCAAGGUGACCCAGGGCCCCAGCCUGCACCCCGACCAGCUGAAGACUCUCUGCUCGUACAGCUUUGCUGAGGUGCUGGGCGUGGAGUGCCCGGCCGGCUCCACCCUGGAGCUGUCGCUGAAGAGUGAACAGCUGGUGCUGCACACGGCCCGGGCAGGAGCCAUCAAGGCCAUGGUCGAGCUCUUCCUGAGCGAGCUCAAGAAGGACUCCGGCUACGUCAUCGCCCUGCGAAGCUACAUCACCGACGACCACAGUCUCCUCAGCUUCCAACGUGGGGACCUCAUCAAGCUGCUGCCGGUGGCUACCCUGGAGCCAGGCUGGCAGUUCGGCUCCACCGGCGGCCGCUCCGGACUCUUCCCUGCUGACGUCGUGCAGCCGGCAGCUGCUCCGGACUCGUCCUUCUCGACAGAACAGAGGAGCGGCCGGGGGCACAAGGGUCAGCUGCAGCGCAGAGAGUGGGAUAGGGCGUCGGAGUUGCCCACGCACCCCUGGAGCCAGGCGCGCAGUGACAACUCGGCCACCAGCCUGUCCCCCUCCGUGGCCUACGUCGCCCUGCCCACGGACUCCGACUACACCAUGCAGGAGUUUGCCCUGCGCUACUUCCGGAAACCCCAGACCCUGCCGGCCCAGACCGGUGGAGAUGCUGAGAAGGCCAUGGCCAGCCUGGUGCGGUACAGCAAGGCUCCCAUCCAGGAAUCGCUCAUCAGCCUCAGCGACGAGGACAUGAAUAGGCAAGCUGUGGAGAGCUUCCAGGCUCUGAUGCAGUUUAUGGGGGACCAGUCCAAGCCGCGGGGCAAGAAUGAGCUGGAUCUCCUCUAUGGGUUGCUGAAGCUCUGCCAGGAGAAGGAGGAUCUCAGGGACGAGGUUUACUGUCAGGCCAUCAAGCAGGUCACGGGACACCCCCGGCCGAAACUCUGUGCAAGAGGCUGGCGCUUCCUCAGCCUCCUCACGGGCUAUGUCCCCCCGUCGAACACACUGAUGCCCUACGUGACCAAGUUUCUGCAAGACUGGGGCCCUCGCCAAGAGCUGGCCCAGAGCAGCCAGGAGCACCUCCAGCGUACAGUCAAGUAUGGGGGGCGCCGGCGGCUGCCCUCCCCAAGCGAGAUGCAGGCCUUCCUGAAAGGACAAGUAGUCCACCUGGUCCUAAUUCACCUGCCUGGGGGUGUGGAUUACAAGACCAAUAUCCGCACUUUCACAGUGGCAGCAGAGGUGCUGGAAGAGCUGUGCAGGCAGAUGGGCAUCACGGACCCCCAGGAAGUGCAGGAGUUUGCCCUCUUCCUCGUCAAAGGGGACGGUGAACCACCCGGGCUGGGGAGAAAGCAUGGUCCAGGCGCAGGUGAGCUGGUCCGGCCCCUGUGGCCCCAGGAGUACCUCAACAGCGUGCUGGGGGGUCCGGACGUGAGCCUGCACAGUCGGCGGCUCGGCUGGGAGACCCGGCUGCAUUUUGACAAUCCCACCUACGUCAGCACCCACUACGGCCAGGUGCUGCAGGACUACCUUCAGGGGAAGCUGGGGCUCAGCCCCCAGGAAGACGCCCGACUCGCCAGAUUGGCAGCCUUGCAGCAGCUCAGCAGGAACGAGGAGGAGCUCCCCUCAGAGCAAGACUUCCUGGCUUACUUGCCGAGGCAGCAGCAAUGGCAGCAGCAAUGGCAGAUGAACACGGCCACUGUGAAGAGCCUGAUGGGCCGGGAACUGAGGCAGCUACAAGGAUGCAGCUCCCAGGAAGCGCAGAUCAGCUUCAUCGAGGCCGUGAGCGAGCUGCCCCUCUUCGGGUACACGGUCUACAUGGUGCUGCGAGUCAGCAAUCCGGCCCUGCCCAGCCCCGGCCUCCUGGGGCUGAACCGCCAGCACCUCGUCCUCAUGGACCCCAGCUCCCAGGAGCUGUGCUGCUCCAUCGCCCUGAGGGAUCUGCAGCGGCUCCACCUGCUGAGCCCGCUGGAGGCAGAGGGCUCCCCUGGCCUGGAACUCAACUACGGCUCAGCCGACAACCCCCAGACCAUCUGGUUUGAGCUUCUGCAGGCCCGGGAGCUGAAGCACACCAUCACCUUCCUGCUGGACAGCAACCCUCCUUCCAGCUAGCGGCUGUGCUGCACCCAAGGCGGGGGGGCAGAGACGGAGACGGGACCCCUCCCCGGCCCACAUCUCACCUGACAAGUCUCCUCUGGGUGCCGUCAGGCCGGUCUGGUUUGGACUUCACCGCCUGGCUGUCCUGGAAUCCACUGUAGCACGGCCCACAGUGGAGUGGCUACAGCGACUUCAACUGGGGAAGUGCUGGAGCCUCACUCUGGGGUGGGCCUGCGGUGGGCACUGCAGGAACUCGGCCUGGGUGUCUGGGGGGUCACCCAGCCUGGGGGAGAUGUCCACUUGGGCCCUGGCCCACAUCAGCACGUGCCCAGACCUGGGAGGAGCAGCUGCUGAGGAAAUAAAACUCCCGAGAGAACGGGGCUGAGCGCAUG